AUGUCUAUAAACGGUGUCACAUCUAAGAAAAUAAAGAAACUGGAAAAAAACGAAACAGAUGAUGAGCGAGAUUACGAUGCACAAACCCAAAAGGCAAUGAGCGAAAUAGAUGCUUGUCAAGAAACUAUUGAUGAACUUAACGGGCAGGCAAGUGAAGAGAUUUUAAAAGUGGUACAGAAGUAUAACAGACUUAGAAAACCACAUUAUGACAAGCGUCAGGAAAUAAUAUCAAGAAUUCCCAAUUUUUGGGUGACUGCAUUACUAAAUCAUCCUCAUAUAAUACCUAUUUUACAUGCUGAAGAAGAAGAUUGCCUGUACUAUCUCUUUAAAAUAGAAGUUGAAGAAUCAGAAGAUAUCAAAUCUGGCUACAAAAUAAAAUUUUACUUUAAGGAAAAUCCAUAUUUUGAAAAUGAAUUACUAGUGAAAGAACAUCAUUUAGGACCUUUUGGUAAAAUUACUUCAACAGGUACAACAAUUAAAUGGAAGGAUGGUCAAGACUUGGAAGAGAAGAUUGGUAAGAAAAGUGAAAAAAUCAAAAGCAGGAAACGAAGCAUGGAUUCAAAAUCAUUCUUUGGUUGGCUUACAGAUCACUCAAAUCCUGAUGCUGAUGAUAUUGCAGAAGUCAUUAAGGAUGAAAUCUGGUCAAAUCCAUUACAGUAUUUCUUAAUGUCAGAUACACUUGAUGAUGAUGAUGAUGAUGAUGAUAAUGAUGACGAAGAAGAGAAUGUAGAUCACGGAGAAAAUGACACAGAAGAAGAAGAUGAAGAGGAUGAAUGUGAAGAUGAAGACUUAGGUGAAGAUGGUGAAGGUCUUGUAGAAGAAGAAACAGAAGCGGAAGAAGAAAUAGGAGAAUAUGGUUGUGGUAAUGGAUCAUUAGAAAAUUAA